GUCCCGUGGCGGACCGCUGCUUGGUCGCCCGGACCUGAUGGGUGGCUUCACGCAGUGGGCCAAAGGCGACCGAGGUCGCGCCCCACAGCGUGACGGCCGCGGCCACUCCAAUGGCGCGGGUUCCCGUGCGGGGUCUUCGGAGAUCCGCCAACGCCGGAACCGGCGGCGGUACUGGAGGCACUGGCUCUGCGGCGGCCCCGCGGAGUGGCGCCCAGACCGGCCGUCCGGGCCCUUCGCCACGGGUCCUUCGGCUUCCAGUUUGAACUGGGCGGCUUCUUGGCGAAGAGCGACAUACGCCAGGCUCCGGUGCUCUCUCGCGGAGCUUGGCGAUGCGCUCGAGGAGGACGCCCGCGGUCGAAAGAAGCGGAUCGACCAGUCGCGGUGGGGCUUCCUACGCGCUUACCAGGGCCACAGCGAAGACUGUGGCCACGACCUGGACUACAUGAGCCCGGCCCUGAGCAGCGAUCAGGUGAACGAGCUCGUGGAUAUUGUGCUGGACGACAUGCCGGCACAAUGGUCGGAGCAGAGGGGCUUUCGUAAGGGCUCCAACGCGGUUGUGCAGGUCCUGCACAGCGAUGGGGAUCAUGGCGGCCUGGCGGCUGACAGCGCCGGACGCUUGGCGGACAUCCGCAGGGACAGGAACGGGGCAGAGCUGGUCGUGAUUCACGACCUCUAUGCCGAGGCUGCGGCCGCAGUGGCAGAGGAGCAGAGCCUGACUAGCCAGGCGGACGCUCGCGUCGCCGGCGGUGGGCAGCCGGGGUCCAGCACGGACCCGGCCAAGACUCCUGCCGCUGCUGCUGCGGAGGAGAAGGACGAAGAAGAGUCCAGCUCUUCCUCGAGCGAGCUCCCGGACACUCGCGCACCUUCUGCAGCUGGGCCCUCGGUCGCGGCCCCGGCGAGGCGCGCUAAGGAGUCCAAGCCAGAGCACUCCGAAGAGGAGAGCCGCGCUAGCCCCGCGCCUCCGGAGGAGCGCGGAGGCGAGGCCAGGGUUGGCGCCGAGCUCGGGAAGGCUGAGGCGCUUCUUGAGAAAGCCCAGACGAGAGCGAAGGCCGUGAAGGGGGUGGGCGGCUGUUUCCAGCGCCCCUGCGACUGGCGUACGACGCACACGCAGCGGACGUGGACGCCUUUAUGGCGCGCCGCCACAGCAGACGACGCGAUGGGCGUUGACAGCGCGGGUUCGGGUGGCGGAGCUCGCCCGCUCGCCCCGCCCAUCGUGCCUGAGCCCGACGCAGAUGGGUCGUACAAGUGCGACCUCUGCGACGAGGUUUUGCCGACGGUGCCCCGCUGGCACCUUCACCGUGCGGCGGAGCACGGCCGGCGGCUGCCCGCGGUUGAGCCGCGACGGCUACUUUUUCGAAAUGACGACAGUAGCCAGAGCACGCUUCGAAAGGAAGAGUGGCCACGCGGUGCUUCCGAAGAGACGGACCCUGCGUCGGUGGCGGUCGGCGCGGAGGGGCGGCCGCAACAAGGCGGCGUCUGGCGUUACUGGUUGCCAGUAUACCUUGCUGGCGGAUGGUACAUCGCCGCAGGCGCGGACGUGAUCAGUCGCGCCAAGGCCCGACGAGAGAAGCUGUAUCUCAGGGCCUAUAGCUUUGACUCGCCGUCGGUGAUCGAGGCGAUCGAGCUGGCGUGCGGCCGAGGAGCGCUGUGUAACAUCAUAGCGGACUCCUCGCAGUGCAGACGCACGAAGCUGCAGUGGCAGGCGCUUAAACGCGCUGCUCAAGCAGGGGCCCGCGUGCGCCUCUGCAGCGGGUCCUCCGUCCGCGACGCCUACGUCGCAGACGGCCGCGGCCCUGCUGUGGGCGCGGGACUGAAGGGGCUCCACCACGCGAAGGCUCUUCUUCGCGUGCGCUCCGACGGAGCGGAGCUCGUCGUUGGCUCCCUCAACUGGAGCACGAGCUCGAAGGCUAACCUGGAGUGCGGGGUGCACCUUACCCUGCUCCAGGAUGCCGAGUCGGUCGGCGACUUUGUUCGCGACUUUGACACCUGCUUCUCGGCUGGCAUCAAGCUGGAGGACGCCAAGCCGCCCGGUAAGGCGGCUGGUUCUGACAGCGCCACCGGGACACAGCAGCCGCAGCGUGCUGAGCCAGCAGCUGCGUAG